AUGUCUUUACUCGAUCAGAACUGGGGUGGUUCAGGCGGUGGUGAUGAAGACGCACUCGAUGAUAAUCAACAGGGUAGACAAAUUUUAACAUCACGUGAUGGUACACUAAUGCUAAUUGAAUGUGCAUCGGAAAUGUUUGAAUCACUAGCAAAUGCUAUGAACACCGCGUCAUCAAAUAGUGAUGAUGACGAUGAUCGAGAAUUAACAACAGGAUUUCAAGUCGUCAUGCGUGCUUGUCAAAGAUUCUACCAAUCGAAAAUAAUAUCAAACGACAAAGAUCUCAGUGGAAUUAUUCUCUACGGCACUGAGAAGAAUAAAAAUGCAUUCGAUUUCAACCAUAUCUAUAUCUUACACGAAUUAGCUCAACCAUCAGCUGAGCGUAUCAUUCAGUUAGAAAAUUUGUCGAAGAAAGAUACGUUUCAAAAGACUUACAAGGAUCUGUUUGGUUCAACACAAUCCAAAGGUUAUUCUUUAAAUGAAGCACUAUGGACAUGUUCAAAUCUAUUUUCUAAUUCUCCUCAACGCUUAACUAUUAAACGAGUGUUUAUAUUUACAUGUAAUGAUCAGCCGCAUGCCUCAAAUCUUACCUUAGAACGACAAGCUAAGCAACGUGCGAAGGACUUAAACGAUGUUGGAAUACAAGUCGAAGUGUUUCCCAUCCUAACUGAAACGCGAACGACAUUCGAUUACAAGAAAUUCUUUCAAGAUGUUCUUAUGUUAAGUGAUGAUGAGUUAGAAUUACGAAACAGUCAAGCACCAACCGGAAGAUUGAAUGAACUAUUAAAAUUAGUCUAUUCAAAAGAACAUAAGAAACGUGCUUACUGUACAGUACCAUUUUCGUUAGGAACAGCUUCAGAUGGAACACCAUUGCAACUGUCAGUCUCGGUGUUCAAUAUGGUUCGUCCAUGCACUAAACCGUCCAAAAUUAAAUUAGAUAUGAAAACAAACAUGGAAACAAAAACAGUAACAAAACAUUACCUUCCCGAAACAGCGGAGAUUCUUAUGCCGUCCGAUAUACAAUACGGUAUCGAUGUUUCAAAUCGUCGUGUCCUGUUUGAUGGCGAUGAAAUCAAAGCAAUCAAGAAGUUUAGUGAUCCCGGUUUUGAAAUUCUCGGUUUCAAAAAUCUAUCUUGUUUAUUACCACAUCAUUAUGUGAAACCCGGUCAUUUUAUCUAUCCCGAUGAGAAAUACGUAGAGGGAAGUGCAUGUCUAUUCAACGCGUUAUUGAAGAAGUGUUUAGAAAAACAAAUGUUUAUCCUGUGUCAGUUUACUGCUCGUCGGAGCACUCCACCACGUCUGGUGGCGCUCAUUCCUCAAGCGGAAGAAGUCAAUAAAAAGGAUCCCUCUGAUCGUAUCGCAUCCAAUGGUUUUCAUGUGCACUAUUUACCUUAUGCUGAUGACAUUCGAACGUUGCCGAAGAAUGAUGUAGCGCGCGUGCCGGAUGAACAAGUUGACGUCUUUAAAAACGUCAUACGUAAUUUGAAAUUUAAAUAUCGUUCUGAUAAAUUUGAAAAUCCCGCACUGCAAACACUUUGGCGAAAUAUCGAAGCAGCAGCAUUGAAUAAGGACAAACCCGAAGAAUUCGUCGAUCUCACAAUCCCCAAUGAAGAAAAUCAGAAUGAAAAAGUUGGCUCAUAUAUAACAGAAAUAAAACAAAUGUUUUUUCCACCCGAUUAUGUUAUGGGUGUUACCAAACGAUCCUCAACUAAACGGAAGGCUGACUCGGCUGCUACUUCGUCGAGUACAAAAAGAAGCAAGUCGGAUGAGAAUGUUGAUGUGGAAGCUGCUGCACGCAAUAAUUUGUCGUUAAUCUUUCUUCUUUCUAUUUUAGUUACCGAAAUUAACUGUGCCAAUAUUAAAGGAUUAUUAACAAUAUCUCUCUAUUGCAACAUAAAAUACGCUUUGUUGCUGACCAAUCUAAUAAUGUCUCACCAAACAAAUUCAUCAGCAGGAUUAACAGGUACCGCGGAUUCGAGUCUGUCGUCAUCUGUUGGUGAACACCCAAAUGCAAUCACUAACCGAUUUUACACUUAUGAACGUGUUGAAGAAAUUGUCGGUUUUAUACAAAAAUUAGUAACAACAAAACCUGAAAUAGCGAUUAUUUGUGGAUCAGGUCUCGGCGGACUCGCAGAAUUAGUUACCGACAAAAUUGUUGUGCCGUACGCCGAUAUUCCACAUUUUCCACGUUCGACAGUGGUGGGUCAUCGUAGUAAUCUCGUCUUUGGAAAUUUAAAUGGUCUUUAUGUUGUUUGUAUGCAAGGUCGCUUUCAUCCUUAUGAAGGAUAUACAACAGCAACGUGUGCUUUUCCCGUACGAGUCAUGCGGAUGCUCGGUGCGCAUACGCUGAUCGUUACUUGUGCUGCGGGUGGUGUGAAUAAAGGCUUUAGCGUUGGGGAUAUUAUGUUAAUCAAAGAUCAUUUAAACUUUCCGAACUUAGCUGGUAAUAAUCCUCUAAUUGGUCAUAAUGACGAACGAUAUCAUUUGUUUCCAGGACCGCGUUUUCCGCCUGUUGGUCAUGCAUACGAUCGUGCUUACUUAUUAAAAAUGAAAGAAGUGGCUAAGAAACAUAAUGUUGAAUUGCGCGAAGGAGUCUACUGUGGAUUAGGUGGACCGUGUUAUGAAACCAUCGCCGAAAUUAACAUGCUCCGAAUACUCGGCGGUGACGCUGUCGGCAUGUCUACCGUUCACGAAGUGACAUUGGCUGCUCAUUGUGGUUUUCGCACACUUGGUCUGGCAUUAAUAACAAAUAAAUGUCUGUCGGAUUACAAUACAACAUAUGAACCUGUGCACGAAGAUGUCAUUCGUAUAAGUGAAUUGAAAGCCAAUGAAUUACAACAGUUGAUCUUCGAUUUCGUUGGUUUUAUUAAAGAUCAUCGUACAUAG